CCCAUCACGGUAACUUGUAUUAGGACAACAAUUUGCAGAGACUCGUAACUUCUUGGGUUAUUUUAAGGAGCCAUUUCUUCCUCCAGCCUCUUAAGCAUGUCAAAUGCUCCCUCUGCUGGGCAAAACUUCAGGCUUGGACUGAGCCCCAGAACCAGCAGAGUCUAAUUUCUUCCAAGAGUUGAGCGUUGCAAAAGGAGUUGAUGUCCCUUUAAGAGGUGGUAGCCAGCUCCAGGUUGCCAUGGAGACAACUGGACACAGACCCGGGAGGCAGCAGACAGCAUGUCCUCUCAAGUUCACUCCAUAGGCCAAGAAGCCAAGGAGCAUCUGUCACUCCCAGAGGCCAAUGCUGAAGCCAUCAGCUUCCUCAGCUCCUUGGAGAAGGAGGAGCUGCAGAAGCUGUUCUUCUCUGAGACUCUGGCCAUGGUCUCGGACGCGGGGGAGCCGCAGGGAGAGCUGACCAUCGAGGUGCAGCGAGGGAAGUACAAAGACGAGUUCGGAGUCCUGACGCGCUGCAUCCUCGUGCACGCCUUUAGCCGAGGCCUCUUGGACAAAACGCUCUGCGGAAACUCCCUGCUGGGCUACUUCUCGGAGAGACUGGUGCUCAUGGAACAGCACAGUCAGGAGUUCAUCAAGUUCCUCAUCCUCCCCAUGGAGCGGAAGAUGAGUUUGCUGAAGCAGGAUGACCAGCUGGCCAUGACCAGAAGCGUCAAGGAGGGUGAGGAAGUGAAGACCGGAGUGACCUUUUUGCCCUGGCACUCAACCGCAGGCUUUGUGUCCGAGGCUGCCAACCUGGUGCUUCUGAGGGUGAUGGCCUGGCAGCAGAAGGUGCCCAGCAACGCCCGUUUCCUGGCCUUGGACUCCGAGGGCAAACUCUGCCAUUCCACUUACCAAGCCCUGGGUUAUCAGACUAUCCAGGUGGGCCGCCAGCAGGCCGAGGUGCUCAUCGUGGAGCAGACCGUGCACUCCAGAGAGGGCAUCCCCAUGUCCUGCCAGUUCUACCUGCUGUCUGAUGGGCACCUGGCUAAGAGAGUGCAGGUGGGCGUUCCCGGGUGCUGCAUCAUCACCAAGAUGCCCAUACUGCGGGAGGAAGCUGAGAUCGAGCCUCGCCCCGUGUUUGAGAAGAAGCCUCUGGUGUGGGAGGAGGACAUGGAGCUCUACUCGAGGUUCCUGCACCGGAAGGAGGAGCUCCGACUCAGCCACGCCAGCUAUCUGAGGCAGCACCCCGAGGCCCACGCGCUCAUCUCGGACUUCCUGCUCUUCCUGCUGCUGCGCCAGCCCCAGGACGCGAUCACCUUCGCCGCCGAGCACUUCGGCCCCUUCGCGGCUCACCUCCCGCCCACCCCCGCCUUGCGCUCCUCGCACCGGCCCAGCCCAUUCCGCACGCUGGACCCCGAGGACCGCUCGGACUCGGAGGAGAGCUAGGCAGGGCCCGCGCGCUGGAGAACCCGGGAGUGCGCUGGCCGGGCAGGAGCAGGGUCGCCCGGUCUGUCCCCCUCCUGGGACGCGGACGGAACGCGCUGGGGACAGGCGCGCUUUCCCCACGGCGGGUUUUCCGGAAAUAAAUGGGGAAAUCCCUUCUCCUCCCCCAAGCUCUGUGGUGCCAGCCGGGACCUUCCCCCGCCAGCGUUUUGUUUCUUGGGCUAAAAA